AUGACGUACCCCAACCCGGGGCUGCUGAAAGCAGCCAUGGGGCAUUACUUGACGGAAAGUGCCCGGACCGCACUCGAAGCUUUGGAACCAGAAGACGAUGUGAUAGAGGUGGGUGCUGGAAAACAGAUGCCGACCGUGGGACCUAACCAGAUCCUGGACAUGCCGCUCUUCACCAAGAUCCCUUUCCUGCCUGGCUCCAACACCAUGUUCUACACGACGAAUUUGGGUGAAAAGCUUUACCAACCGACGGCCACUUUUGACCUGAACGACCCGUAUUGCAAAAUUAUGGCGCCCAAAUAUAAAAGCCUCCACGACCCGCACUUACGCGCCUACUACAAGCGUAAAGACAAUCUGCGGAAACUGAGGAAGGACGGCCACAUCACCGACAAAAACAAAGUGGUGUGCACGCUGAAGGAAUUCAACGAAUACAGGCAGUACCUGACUUCGCUCAAGCUGGAGUUUGAGAAGCACUACAUCAGAGAACAGAAACUGCUGGAAAAACAAGUCACGAAGCUCCAAGACCACCAGCGCCUUCCCGAGGGAGCAGACACCUCGAAGUAUCGGGACUGGCUGCUGAAGGAAGAAAGGCCCACGAUACCGGAGCAAGAGAACGUGAUGAGGAACAGGUAUUUAGAGUUGAUUAACCAGGAGCUGGCAAAACUCGAACACCUGGCUGAGGAGAACCGCCUCCUCACCUAUGAUCAGGACGACAAAAAGAAGCAGGGGGUGGAGAAACGGAAGCAACUCCUCCUCCGGAAGAAAAUGGAAGAGGAAUGGCGGAAGAAGGAGAUGAUGCUCCUGAUGAAGAUUGGCCAUGACGUGAAACGGGAAGCGAGGGUCGAAGAGCAGCGGCAGAAGAGCAAGGAAGACAAGCUGAAAAGGAAACAAGCCAUGUUGGAGAAGAAGAUGGCGUACCACCUGAGGAAGCUGGAAGAGAGGUUCCAGAAGGAAGGCCUCCUGCCCCCUGGCAAGCUCUUCCCUGCGUCAGCCCUUGACGUCGAGGGGCCCCUGAAGAAACUCGGGUCUCUGGUGAAGAAAAGCACAGAAGGCGUGAAGAAGCCCACGGAAAUGGCCGACAAGAGGUCCACUGGCCGCCUGGACCACAAAAGAGCCGACCUCCCAAGAGCAGGCAGCACCACUCAGCCGGCCCAGCCCGCCGGCCAGCCCUCCCUUCCCAAAGCAAAGAGCAGCACGAAACAGUCGCUCACCACCGUGACGCCUCCGCUCACCUCGGAGCCCGUAAUGAGCAAGUCGGCCACGUCCCUGGAGCAAGAAACUAUCCUAAGCGAGAAAGACCUGCGCAAAAAGGGAAGCCUCGACUCCGAGCCAGCAGGUGAACCGGUUCUCCCACAAGGCGGUGGCAGCAGCAGCAAAGUGUCCCUCACCUCCACCAAGGACGUCACGUCGGUGACCGGCAGCGUUGGCAGCAACCAGCGCCCCCCGGCCGAGCCUGCCUCAAGCGUGUCCGGAAACAUGGAGGGCAACGUGGCGGCCUCAGCCUUGGGCGCGUGCAUCAGCAACGAAGGAACCGCGGCAGGCUGUGGAUCCGCCGCUGGGUGUGGGAGCAAGACCUCCUGUUGCGGAUCUGCCGGGUGCGGGAGCAAGACCUCCUGUUGCGGAUCCGCCGGGUGCGGGAGCAAGACCUCUUGUUGCGGAUCCGCUGGGUGCGGGAGCAAGACGUCCUGUUGUGGAUCCGCCGGGUGCGGGAGCAAGACGUCCUGUUGCGGAUCCGCCGGGUGCGGGAGCAAGACGUCCUGUUGCGGAUCCGCCGGGUGUGGGAGCAAGACCUCCUGUUGCGGAUCUGCCGGGUGCGGGAGCAAGACCUCCUGUUGCGGGCCUGGUGGUUGCGGGAGCAAGUCGUCCUGUUCCGGUUCCGCCGGGUGUGGGAGCAAGACCUCGUGCCGCGGAGGAUGUUGUAGUAACAACGGCAAGUCCGGCUGCUGUGGCUCAGGAGGCUGCGGCAGCAGCAACGGCAAAGCCGGCGGUGGCGGCUACGAUUCGAGCGGCAGCAGCAAACACGGAGCCAGUAGCGGCACGGGCAAGGUGCCCUUCUCGUCUUUGGCAGGCGUGAAUCCGCCCCGUCGUGGGCCGCCGAAGACUCCCACCAAAGCCACCGCCUCCUCGGCGGCCUCUCGCCACUCCGCCAACGAAGCCUCCGGCAAAGCGAAGCAGAAGAAGAGGGCAACCUUAACGAGCGAGGCAGACAACCAGGUGAAAGAAAAGAGCUCAAGCAAGAAGAGACGAGUCGCGUGGUGGGUGAUGGGGAGGAGCAGCCCUCACGCCGGCGCCCUCAUCCGUCUCCUUCCAGAGCGCUUGGCCUCGACCUCACAGGACAACGAAGACUCGGAGUCCUCGUACUCAGCCUACCUCCAGCACCUGCUGUCGAAUUCAGACCAGUCGGCGAUUCGAGACAGCCUGAAAGGAAAAGUCUCUGCGUCUGAGCUGAACAGCAUCGUUCAGAACAUCAUGACCUGGGUGGUGUCAGCCGUCACCAGCAUCCUCUACCCGGCCCUCACGAAGUUUGAAGAGCGGGUCAGGACGAGAGUGUACACCAUCUCGGAGGAGUCGGUGCUGUCCUCGGACAACUCCAGCAGCUGCAGCAGCUGCAACGAAGCCCUCUACGAGGCCUACCAGAACCUCCCAUCCUCCUCCGCCAGGAAGCCCUUGUCUCUGCUCUCCUCGAAGUCUUCCUACACCUCCUUCACCAAGAGCACCCACGUGUCUGUGGAGAGCGAGCUCUUCAAAGGGAAGUUCAAGAGGGGGAAGACGGCCAUAUUCCUGUCCCCGUCCAAGCACAACGGGCUUCUGACUACCACGGCCAGUAUGAGGAGCUCCAAAUCAGACAGCCACAUCUUCCAGAUGCAAAAGGCUCCGAUGCCCGACGGCCCAGAGAAGAUGUCCACUUCGUACCAUGGCAAGCGCAAGUACGUGGCGCCGAGGGGGCCGUUCCCCAAAGCAGACGCCACCACUACGACCACCACCGACAUGGAAGGGCUGCCCUUCGCUGGGGGGGAGCACAAGCCCCCCUACGGCUCGGCAGACCAAAGAGAAGCCGUUGACUUGAAGGACCUGAAGGCCGUUUUUGCCGACCUGAGGCCUCCGCUCAGCAAAAUCACGUCAAUUAUCCUCGACGACAUUUUCAAGAGGAUCGUGGGGGACCUGGGCUUCACGGCCUGCUCCGUCUCCAUCUCCAUGGAGGUCCUCCUGGAAUCUAUCUCCGAAAGCCUCUUGGGCAGCCAUCCCGCCGGCUCGCCCGAGGCCGGCUCCGUCUCGAGGAUUGCCAGUUUUGUGGCCAACGACCUAGUCGAAAACGUGCUCAAUAGGCUGCACUCCGUGGCCCAGAAGAAAUACGUGGAGACUGUCUCCAGGGACGACUUCGCUGCGGCGUGCAAAGCCCGGUGCCUUGUGGCCGCUGGGAAACGCGCCUUCCUCGACCCGUCCUUCUGGAGGUCCCUGAUGCCCCUCUCGCUGGAGUCCCUUUACAGAAUUGCUGAGGAGAUCGUCCAGCUGAUCGUGGACAAAUUGCAGGUGUUUUGUACCUCGAGCAGAACAAAAGUGUCCCAGUUUGAGCUGUGCGCCAAAAUCAAAGCCAUCGGCAUUCCUCUUGAGCAGCUUUACGCCGCCGUCCCGCCACAUACCGUCGAAUCCGAAGCGGCCAACGCGAUUGUCAAGGACACAAUCCGUAAGAUAGUUUCCAAAACGGUUGCUUCUUCGGAAACCAACAUCCUCCAAUAUGUGGAAGAGAUGAUUGGUAACAUCCUGAGCUACAUCCAGAGGCAAAUGAGCCCAGAAGGCGCUUUCCCCAGGAGAGAGAGUUCCAUUCUCCUUCAGCUCAUUAACGAUGUGUUCAAUGACUUAAGUACGGAAAAACUCCGGGUCGUUUCUCCAACGGCAAAACCCGGAGCCAGUCCCCAAAUGCAAGGGGGUCUUCCCGGGCACGAAAUCUCCACUGCUCCAGAGACGAGGGCGACAGCGGUGCCGACGCACGGCACAGCCGACACGAAGAUGAGAAGACCGUUUCCUUCCGUUAACGUUCCCGGAAUGGUGAUCUAUUCGGAAGCAGAAGUGAAGGGGAAAGAGGAGCGCGAAGCUGAUGGGACCGUAUCAUCGGUCAACAAGGAGUGGAAAGUAUUGGUCAUGGAAGAGGCUCAAGACAAAGUUGGAUGCGAGAGUUUGGGCCUCGAAGCUCAGCAGAGGAGCAGGCCUCGCCCCAAAUCAGCCCUCCAAGGUGGCCACGAAUUCCCAGACCAAGCCGGGAAGGCAGAACCAAAAGGUUUAGAGCGGACGGAAAACGGUUUGGAAAACCUUGUGCAAGAUGCUAUCUUUUGUUCACUUGAAGUUGAGCAGAAUGCAGCUGGCGGGUGGACGUUAGAGCAGGCCCUGAGGAAGAUGGAAGAAGACUUCAAGGACGAGGAAAAGUCCCCCAUUUUCCAACUGGUGCGGAAUCUCUUGAACGAAAUGUUCCGGCAUGUUUGGGCAGAGCAGCCGAUUUGGCCUCCCAAGACUCCUGCCUCGUCUCUUGCCCAGGUGACCAUUCAUCGACAGCAGGCAGGCGGGCAGCCCACCUCCAAAGGGCAGCCGGAGUCCAGUGGCCAGGCUCCCAUCACCGAUUCCGACGUCCACGCGCUUGCAGGGGAUCUGGUGAAAACAGCCUUCCAGAAGAUCUCCCGUGCUACCCAAACCGAUUCGCAGGGCGUCCGAAGCAGGCAUUCCAGCCUGGUCAUCACUGAUAUCCUCCCCCUGAACCUGCCCACGGAGGCUGUCAAAGGCCUACCGGCCGUGCAUUUCCAAGACCCAAAGCCGUCCUGUGAGUCGGGGCCCCCACAAGAGGGAACCCAGGGCCCCCCACAGGUCAGAGAAGAUCCAGCCAAGACCCACCAACCAGAACACAACCUUCCCUUGUCGAAAUCUGACCUCGCUAAUGACCUCGUGUGCACUUUUAUAGCAAAGCUGGAGUCCUUCGUCACCUCCAAAGUAGAAUCGCAGUUGUGUUUGGAUGUGCAGAACCUAAAAACGUCCAUCAGCUCAGAUUUCUCCUCUGCCAUUCAGCAAGAGCUGAAGCGCAUGCUGGCAAAUCAGCACUGCUUAGAAGACAUUUUCAACUCCUACAAUAACUCCAUUUUAGCCGAAAAGGAAAAAACGGAGCAGGCGCUGACGUUGUCUCACUUGAACUUGAAGUCGUACGCGCAGGAAGUGGCCACGAUGCUGCUGAAAAGUCUGAAGCACGGGCUGGAUAAGGAAAUUGAGAGCAUUUCAAUCCCCCCCGUUAUAUUCUCUGAAAGCAUCGCUGCCAGUCAGAUCGUCACCAUGGUUUUAACUGUUUUUGUUCCUCGUGAAAACCUCUGUGAGUCGCAGAGUCCCCCGUCACGGAAGCAGAGCGUGCUGGAGAAACUUUUCAGGAAAAACCCAGCCUACAAAAAAGAUCUUCAGUUCCAAAUCCAGAACACGGUAGAAACCUUUUUAAAUGAAAUCUACCAGACCAUCAUGCUAGAGGUGGGCAGUUCCCCACGGCAGACGCCUGGGGUUUCUAAGGCGGUUGGUGACGACGCCCCAAAAAACCUUUCCAGACCAGCUGUGGCAAAGUCUGAAGUUUCACUGGUUUCAUGCGACCUGGUGGAUAUUGUGUUGGAAGACCUGAGUUCCGGUCUUGCCACCGGCCUGAAUAGGAAGCGGCCCCUCUCAGCCCAGCUUCAGUCUCUCAUCUACGAUCUCAUUCAGAAGACGGUUGAGCCUUUUGCACAGCUGACCGGCCGAGGGGCCAAGGCUGCGCCCAGGAGCCAUUGCCCAGACGCCCCAGGCCUGCCGAAAGCUGAAAGAAGCAGGAAAACGGGCGAAUUUGGUCCUAAGCUUCCAGAUUUAAGGGACUUUUCCCCCGAAGGGAUCACAAAAUACGUCGUCGAUAACAUUUCCCUCCGGCUGGAAAUGUUUGCGGAAGAGAAACUGGAAAAGGAAUUGGCCCUUGUCAAGGCGAGUGGUUACCGCAACAAGGCGAAACUCGCUGUUCAAGACUCCCUAUCCAAUUUGCGGCUCUGUGCUGAGAAAUUGACGUGCACCAUUCUGAAAGUCAUCCAAAAUGACAUGGAACGAGAGAUGCUCUCAUGUCAGAACAUCCUCCCCUACGAAGAGAACGCCUCCGCCAACGAACUUGUGAACGAUCUCCUCAAAAUCCUAUCGGUCCAAAUCGCUUUAACGGAAAAUGAGGUUCAUAAAAGGGUUCUGAAAAGGAUUUUUCGGAGGCAGCCAGCAGGCCAGAGAGGUGGCUGUCCGUUGAUAGCGAGCGUGGAAGACGUCCUCAACCAGGUGACCCAAAGGGUCAUGGGCGAUCUGGGGCAUUUGCCCUCUUUUAACAAUGAAUCCUUAUUUCUCAGUUCCGAAUCGAAGGCCUCCACCUAUAAUGCGAUGAUGGAGACGGUCUCUCAGGCAAACUCUGGUGGUGUCGCUGGGGACAUUGUGGACGGCGUGCUCAGUAAGAUGUACUCCGUGGUGCUGAGCACGCUCUUUAGCUCCGGUGUUAGCAGCAAUAAACCAUCCUCCGAGGCGCCUUGUCUCAUGGGAAAAUCGGACCUCCAAAAGAUGACUUUGGCGCUGUCUCAACUCCAGCCCCAGCCAAGGUCCUUGGGAGAGGAAUUGGUCCAGAACGUUUUGAAUAAAAUCGCCUGUUUUGCUGCGUCCAAUUUGGAAGAGGUCCUUCCGUUACCCAUGCAGCAGAAGCGGAAACCGCACUCGCUGUUUCAGUGUGAGAUUCAAGGUGCGGACGGCCCCACGGGCCGGCUGAGAGCGUUCUCGGAGGAUUCCGAAAGCUCGCUCAUGAGAGUCAGUCUGUCCAAGUCCGACCUGACGGUGUACGCCAAAGACAUCGUGAGCAAGGUGCUGGGGACCGUCAUUGAUGACUUCCGAAUGGAAGACUACCACAGGACGAUCCUGCGGGUCAACACCUUGUCGUCACAGCAGGUCUCCGUGGCCAGUGACCUGGUCCACUCUGUGGUGCACGACCUCCACACGGACGACCUUCAGAUGUACUUCCAGUUUGAAUUGUCAACGAAGGAUGGCCAGGGGAAGCCCAAAGGACUUUUCUACGAAGAUUUCUCAUCCUACCUCAAGCAAGUGCUUCCGAAGGAAGGCAUUUUAAAAGAAAUAUUUGAACAGCAGCCGCUGACGGAUGCAAACAUCAACGAAAGCCUGAAAAUGUUGCAAGUGGCCGAGAGCAUCGUCAGCGAGGUUUUCAUGAGGACCCGAGACCUGGAGGCCUCGGUUUGCAUUCUGAAGAAGACGCCCGGGGAGCUCAGCGAGAGACUGUUCUGCUACGGCUUUAAGAAAACAGACGCUCCUGGACUUUUCCACAGCGACUCCCAGGCAGAGAUCAGCUCAGUGGCCAGGGACAUUGUGGCAAGCGUCUUUGAAAACGUGCAGAAAUGUUUAGUGUGCAGCGUCCCUGCCACGCACGACAGUUUUCCCGGAAGGCAAGACUGGGCCGGGACCAGAGGGCCGUCGAGAAUGGUCAAGCACCGUUUCACCCAGCCAGAGUUCCCCUUUUACAACGUUUCGCUGAAGAGUGCCGUGGACACCAUUGACCGGAUAGCCAAAGAAGCCGUCGAAUGCGCCGUCUUCAUGCUGGAGAGCUUUGUGGCCCGGCAUUUCCGACGGGACUUCAAAUGCAACUUUUUGGAAAUUGUGAAAUUCCCCUUAGAAAGCCUCUCUUUCGCGCAACUGACAAGAUCUCUGGAUUCCCUCUUGACCCAGGUGGGAAACGUGGCCGACACCACCGUGGAAUCCUUUAGACAGAAGUUGCAGGGAGCUACAGGGAAAGAAACGUUGCCAACUCUGGGAUCGACCCACAACUUCCUGGACUUCUCCAAGCUGGGCGGUGCCAUCACUCGGGAGUGCAUCGAAACCGCCAUUCAGCAGGUGCAAAUGCUCCACUCCGAGCUCACCGUGUACGCCAACAACGCCGUCAGCGGCAUCCUCGAAAUUAUCAAGCGCACCCUGGACCGGGAGCUGGUGCAGAAGGACGCCACCCUCUUCAGCAGCUCUUCCGAGAGCCUGGUGCUGAGCGAGACCAUCAGCGUCAUGCUGGAUCGCUGCAACGAGAGCCUCACCGAGAUCGCGUCCGAACUCAUGGUGGAGAACCUCCAGCUAGAAAUGUCGGGCCGAGUCUUCGCAAAGGACAAAGCCCUCGUGCGGGACCUGGUGGCGUCACCAGGGGUGAAAACGACCUCAAAGCGGUACAGGAGGGUAGACCUGAGGGACAGCUUCCCCCCAAUCAAUGUCCCCGGGAUGGUGAUCUAUUCGGAGGAGGAGACCGAAGUGCAGGAGGAAGCCCCAGCAAAGUUUCCGUCUGUUUUUAAGUGCUCCGAGUGGGACUCCCACGUGGUGCCGGAGAGAUGCAGAGCCCUCCCCUGUAGCACGUCCCCUCCCAGGUCAAGGCCCCCCGCCAGGCGGCAGCAGAAAAGGGGUUCAAAUAGAUUCAGGCUAGAUUUUCUGGAGGACGACUGGCUCCCUAGGAAAAGAUCCAUUCCCAAGGGAAGCAUUUUGGAAAAGCUGUUUAAGAAAACGGCGGACUCUGACGACGCCCCCAGACUCACCGGGGCAGGGCACCUGGGAAAGGCCGGCCGCUCUCCCCCCCACCAGCCGGUCACAAGGGCUUCUCCCUUCGGCAUCCCAGAAAGCGUCUGCUAUUCCGCCCUCUGCCCUCUGAAGCUGGGCCACACCGCCGAAACCAUCGUCAGCGCCCUCCUCGGCGAGUUCGGCCUCGAGAGCGAGCCCACGGCGGCACAAGCCAGCUGCUACGAGAAAUCCCGGCCCCGCCUUUCCCCGCUGCUGGAGAAGCCUCCCCCGGUCACCUCGGUCUUCUUCGCAGAGCCCAGGCUGAAGCGGCACAGCCUGCUCAGCCGCUGGGAAGGGAGGCUGAGCGAUUCCAGCGAGAAGACGGCGGAGGAGGAAAGCUACCUCCUGGCCCGGGAAGGGAGCAGCCUGCUCUCCAAGUGGGAGAGCAAGCAGUCCAUCUUCAAGUGCAAGAGCCCCGAGGGCCACAGGGACCUGGAGCUGCUGGCCUGCUCGCACGUCCCGGACCCCGGUGAGAUCCAGCUGUUAGCCAACCACAUUGUCCUGAGCGUCAUCAAGGAGCUGAUUGACUUCCAGCCUCGAGAUGCUUUGGAUGAAACGGCCCACGGGACCUCGUGGCCCACGUGGAAACAAGAGCUGAUCCAAUCGGAAUCGCGGUGGCUUCAGGAGCGCAUCUUGCGGUGCACCUACCUGCCGCCGUGCAGGAAACAGUCCUCGUGCCUUGACGUGUUCUGGGAGCCCUUGACUCAGGGCGUGCUCUCCAGGGUGCUCUUGAGCGUUUCGAACCCCGACGCGCGCGAGAGGAGCGAGCUCGUCAACGGCCGCCUCUCCAUGUUCUGCACCGUGGACCCCGGCUGCCCUGCGCACGGGCCAGGGAGCCCCCAAGGGCCCCCCAUUAACAUCGAAGGCCUGGCGCACCACGUUUCCCAAGUGAUCGUGGGCAUCCUGUGCGAGCAAAAUGUCCUGCAGGAGCGCGUGAGCAGGAAAGGCGGGCGGGCGAGGAGGCACAAGGGCAUCCACGUCCCCCCUCUCUGCCUGGCCGACUUUGACGAGGUCUACCACCUUCUCGUGAAGGAGGUCGGCCACCUGCUCUCCAUGGAAAUUGAGGCCAGGGGCAAAUACGGGAGCCGCGGGAAAGCCACCGACCCCUUCUCCCACCAGCCGUUCGUUUCUUUGCCUCGCAUCAGCCGGGCUUCCAGGGGCGACUGCAGAGGCCCCGGUGACGUCAAGCGCACGGCGUGCCUCUCCGCCGGGGGCCACAUGGCCCGCAAGAAACAGAAGCUCAGCUGCAUCGCUUCCAACCUGGACAGCUUCAUCCGUAGCUUGAAGAGCAGCGAGUCAAAGCACCUCGUCAACAAAGUGUUGCACAUCAUCCUAGAUUCGCUGUGGUCCGACGAGCCCCAGAGCGGCUUCGCAGGGCCCUUCCCAGACGCCCCGUCCCAGAACAUGCUGCCUUAUCAUCGAGACGCGGCAAAGAAGGGCCCCCGGUGUGCCUCCGCCUGCCCGCACGCUUGCGGGCUCAGUAGCCACCUGAUCAGCAGCAACCUGGGGCUCUCCCCCAAAUCUGUGGUCCUCUUGGACGUCGUGAGCGAGAAACUCAUCCGGGCCCUCCUGAACAAAUGCCUCAGCACGGAGCACUUCACCAGCGCCUUUGUGUUUGACGAGAUCCCGGAGGAAGCGCGACUCUACGAUGAGGAGGAGGAGGAGGAGCAGCAGUGGGUCUGUGAUGAUGACGCCCUCGGCGAGCGCUGGAGCCCAGGGCUGGAGGCACACGAGGCCAACUCCAGCGCCUCCCUUUUCAUGUACGACAUCAAGUACGAGGAGGAGCCGUGGGAAGAGGCUCAGUCGGGGGUCUCUCCCUACGACUCGGCACUUGACGUCUUGGCUCACACCCUGGUGAAGCCCGUGAUGACGGAGCUCUCCCUGAGCCUUGAGCAUCAGAGGCACACGGAACCGUUCUCGAGGAAGGCCCACGGCCGCUACGGUAAAAGCGACGGGUAUUCCUCGUUGCCUCGAGGCAAGAAACCGGAAUCGAAAGGGCCCCUUCCGGGGAGGCGGCAAACACGGAAGAGCCUGCGGGAGAGGAACAACACCGUCCUGGAAACAGCGAUGCAGCACCGAGCGUCCAGCUCUAGGCCGCCUGCGCCCCUGGGCAGACCGGGCGGAAGGAAACCUCAUCCGGCGACCUGCACAAAGAGGACGUACCGAAGGGAGGUGGUGACCGUGACGGGGUGCGGUGACCACAGCCGGCUCCCGCCUGGCUUCACUGCUAUCUAUUCCGCCUCGUUUCUGGAGGAAGUCGUUUCUCUGCUCUUGAUCAAGAUCUUUUCUUCGCUCCGCAGUCGGUACGGCAGAGACGCCUCGGUCAACCUUCACGAGACGAACACUUUGUUUGUGAACGCCCUGGUGGGGGAGUUUAAGAGAGCCGGGGUCAGGGUCCUGCAGCGGGCCGAGGACAAGGCGCACUUCCCGCCGGUGGACGGCCGAACAGUCAACAACAUCGUUGACUCCAUUCUGAGGGAGUUUGGGUUCCAGUUAGCUGCUGAUGGGAACAUAGGAAUGGACAUAGACACUUUGGCUGAGCGGGCAGCUGAAAUCAUCCUGACAGAAAUUCUGGAUUACCAGCUGCCACCCCCCGUGUGUAGGAAGCUGCCCCAGAGCGCCUACAAAACGGUACAAGCGGAAAGCAUCAUCCAGAGAAUCGAGGGCUGCAUCUGUUUGCCGAAAGCCCCUAAGUCCAGGCGGCCUCCUCCGGCCUACGUUACCAUAUUGUCCCAGAAGUAUUUAGAAAGGGUGAUAAAGCAGAUGCUGGCCCAGCUCUUCCCGCUCUCGGAGGGUGCCGUGCGGAAGCGAGGCAGGAGGGGGGCGCCCGGACCUGCUUCUGACGAGCUCUCUUCUUAUAUGAUCGCCGAGGUGAUGAAGUCCAUCUCCAAGCACAAAAUCUGGGUGGCCAAGAAGGACGACCGAUGCCGCUCGCAUUCAGAGAAAGAGGUUCAGGGCAUGGUCGAGUCCCUUUAUAGGAACGUGUUGAAGAAGUCCGGCUCGCAGACGUCUGUACAGAAAGGCGUGAAGCGCCGGAACGCGGCUCUCGUCGACAGCAUCACCAGCUUCAUAAUUCAAGAGGUCACGAACCAUCACCUCCAGACCUUUCUGUCUAAAGAGGAAGGCCCUGCAGGGAGCCCUGAUCCCGAGGCGUUGUCUGAGAACAUUGUCAGGACGGUCCUGGAUAGCAUCGGUGGGCCCUCAGCAUCCCGUGCAGACGUUUUCCCAGCCAAGUUCUUAGAGGACAUCGUCUCCAAAGUUUUAUCCAAGAUCUUCUGUGUUUCCACGGACAAAAAGGAAAAGGCCAAAGGGCAGCCUGAAGCCGAACUUGGCAAAGUGGCCAAAAGGCUGGCCAGCUCCAUCCACCUGCAGUUUGGCCGGGCUUCCGUGAUCGGAGAGCCGAGGGGGCCGGAGCAGAGCCUUGGGGCCCCGUUGACGGAUGUCAUGGAUGACGUGGUCAACUCCGUGUGCAACAAUAUAUCACGAGAAAGAGAGACGGCCCCAGCCGCGGAUCUCAACUGCAUGAGGGACAAUGCCACCUUUGAGAAUAUUAAGAGAUUGGUGGAGAAGGGCAUUUCGGAUUAUCUUCUCCAUCCACUGUUUUCCGGGGAGCUAUCCAAGGGUUCACCUUCACCUACCCUUCGUGAGGAUGCUCCUGAAUACGUCAGAGACGAGUUUGAGGAAACUCAGGAGGGGAAAGAGAGCUGGUCACCAUUUAACACCUUCUUAUCAUCGGGGUUCCUCAAAGAUUUAAUUACUGGGCUGUUAUCCAAAAUCUUCCCUUCCACGCCACCCCGAGAUGCUGCGUCUCCUUGGGAUAAAAGGCUCCUGUCCGAAUCGGACCUAAACAGUCUCUCCACCCAGUUGCUCAAUGACGUCCGGAUGAAACUUCUAAAACAUGAGAUCAGAGUCACAAAAGACACCCACCCUGAGCAGUGCGACUACUCAGAGGAAGACGUACAGAACAUGACAGACUCUCUGUGCAGCAAGAUCAUCCAGCGAUCCGGCUCCCUCGAAGCCGUCCAGAGAGAAGUAAGAAACAAGAGCAUCAGUCUCAUUGACCGGAUCGCGGGCUUCCUCGUCGGAGACAUCCUCCAGCAGCACGUCCAGCCGUUCGUAUCCAGAGAGGAGCUGCCUGCGUGGGACCAAGCGGCCGCGGGGGACUCCAUGGGAGGACUAGAGGCAUAUCGGACGGCUGUCAAGCCCAUGGACCUAAGGCAAGCAGCCCAGGAGACGAAACAGGGAGAGAAACCUACCUCGUCCAUCUUGGGAGACAUCAUUUCUGAAUUGCUUUCAAAGAUCUCCAAUACUUUCCUGGACAUCCCUCUCAGCCCCUCUGGCGACAACGCGGGGGACACGGCCGUGCAGUUGGCGCAGUCGCUUUCGAAAGGGCUUUCGAAAGCUCGGCUCAGCUUCCAGGAGGGCCUUGAAGAAGAGCUGGGCUCCGCUCCGGGCGGCAGCCCGAUGGCCGGCUGGAGGCCACUUUACAAGGACGCUGUGCCGGUUGGGCAGUUUGGCGAAGACACGGGGGAUGAGAGGGAUUCCUCUCCUCAACAGACCGCAACUUUCAUCUUUGAAGAAGCGGCGGAGCCUCUGCUGCAGUCGGCGUGCUCCCCCGACAUGGCCCCAGGCAGGUGCCUCAUUCAGGAGAGGCUGAUGGCCAAUCCGGACAGGCCCAAGGCGCAGCCUUCAGGGCCCUACGCCACCGUGCUCUCCUACCCAGUGCUGGAGGCCAUCAUUGACCGGCUACUCUGCCGGAUCUUCCCCUGCUCAGGCCAGGGAGAAGGCCUGCUGGGCUCCGAACUGCCUAACAGAAGAGCCCAAGUCAAGGAGGACAUCAUAGCGGUCGUCUUGAAGCAGGCCAUCUGGGCCAGUACGUACGGUGACGGAAAAGCAGCAGGCAUUUCCGAAGAAGACCUGGAGAGGAUGGUGGAGUCCGUGUACUGCGACGUCCUGCAUGAGGUUCUGCUGCAGCAGCCCUUCGCCGGAGACAGAGAAAGUUUAAGCCACCUGUACGUCACCCAGAUAGCAUGCUUCAUUAUCAAUGAGAUGUUUAAGUAUCAUCUUCAGUCUGUACGACCAGAACGGGCACCGCCUCACGUGGGCGCAUCUGUCCGGGACCCUCCAGGCUCCUGUGUGACCGUCUUUCCUUGCAGGCUCUUAGAAGACUUGCUGAACCAGCUUCUGGAAAAAAUCUUCCAAACUCCAGAGAGCAUCACUGCAUACAUAGGAAAUCAGGCAGACUUCUCCGAAGCGGAUUUCAUGGAGAUGGCCGCAAACCUGAAGAGCUACGUUGUCAUGGAGAUUUCGGCGCAUCAAAUCCAGCUGGAAAACCGCUCCGAGCGAAUUCCAGACAUGGAUCAAGAAACAGAGGAUGACAUCGCUAAUUCUGUUUACAACCAGAUUUUGCAAACUUCUCAAUCCCAAGGAGAACUUCAGAAGAGUCUCACAGAACAAGACCGUGACACGGUCUACGAAGUGGCCAAUUUGCUCAUCAGGGAAAUCCUGAAUUUCCACCUCCACCCAUUUUUAAGCGGCGGUGACGAUCCUAAAACCAAACGCGCCGCAUGGCAGAAGGAGCAGCAGCCGUUUUCUCAGCGCAUUUACUCAGCCCUGUUUCUAGAAGACAUCGUCGUCGCCUUCUUUUGCAAAAUCUUGUCCUCCCCCAAUAUUUUGGCGUAUUCCAAGGACAGCAAUUUGUCAGAGAGUGAGUUGAGAGUUCUAGUCAUCGAACUAGUAAAUGCUUUAGUAACUGAAUUUAAAAUGUCGGAGGUCAAGGUGAUUCAGAGUGCAGAGGAAGACACGCCUUUCCCACAGAUUGGGGCUGAAGAAGUGGUUCACAUCGGGAACUCCAUUUAUGAGAAGUUGUCGCAACAAGUUGGGUCCGAGUUUGAGAUCUUUAAAUCUUUCCAGAACAACAGCCAGGCGUUAGCAGAAGCCCUGGCCCCUUUAAUAAUAAGAGAGAUCUCCGGGUACCAGUUUCUGCCACUAUUCACCGGAGAUACAUCCUCUUACUUGUUCUCCUUUCUGGAAGCGGAGACGAUUGUGGACAGGGUGGAAACCAUCCUCCCAGAACCCACCUCCUCUGGUUCCGUGUUUGGAGACAUGUUUGCCAAGAUCUUCCGCCGAAUAUUUCCGUCACGGGCCCCUGGCGGCGCGUCGGAGUCUCGCGAUUCGACAAUGGGGAGAGCGGCUAGGAGGAGUCUCCCCCUCAUGCGGCCGAAGGAGGACCGAGGGUCUGACACCGACAAAAGCAUUCAGAACCUUGUGGAAAAUAUUUACAAAACUGUCUGUGUAAAAUCGGGGUCUCCAAACAGAACGGGCGAGGCCACCGCCACCGAGGAGGUGAUGGGCUUUAUCGGCAAAACGAGGCUGGGUGACCUGGCACCCGAGUCACACUCGCCUCUGGGCCCAUCUCAUGCUCCUUCCACUCUUGCCUCAAAAACCGCCGGCUGGACAAUCCACCAUGUGAAGCUCGGGGAGGGGUCAGCCCAGUCGGUGCAGGUCGAGGACGGAGCUGGCGUUUAUUCAUCUUCCUUCUUGAAGGACAUCUUUAGCGGAUUGGUCAGCAAAUUGCUCUCGUCGACAACCAGCGUAUGUCCGCAGGAGGAAAAAAGGCCCGAAGCAGAGCCCUCUGCUAAAAAUUUAGUCGACUCCAUCUUAAAGGAGUUUGCAAAAUCGCCAGUGAAGGUCCUGCAGGUACCUGAAGGGGGAGGUCAGGCUUUACCAGCUGUGGGGAAAACGGAGGUGGCAAAAAUCAUCCAUGCUUCUUUGUGCGGCAUCUUGCAAGACCGGGGGUCCAGAGCCCCCAUCUGCAUUGACCAGGAAAGCAGCCACGCGUUAGCAGAGAAACUAGUCAGUGCAAUAAAGAAAGAGAUUUUAGGCUACCAGAUUCAGGGGCCAUCGGUGAAGGCGUCUCAGGGGCCGGCUUUGAAGCCUUUUGAAUUUGGAGAGAUGGCUAAGAAAGUGUUGAUGGAGGUGAAGAAGAUCAGCACCCCGUCCCAGACUGCGACGCCGUAUCCGUUCCUGGUGUCUCAGAGGUUCGUGCACGAUGUCCUUGCGGCCCUCGUGGCCCGGUUCCUCCCUCUACCCACUGCAGCGACAGCUCCUGCCGACACAGAAGACCAGUGCGCGGAAUUUGAUUUCAUUCACAUGAAGCUCCUCAGCAAAGUGAUGGCAGAAAUCUCCAAGGACAGGAACACCGAGGUCCAGUACCUCGACCGCGUGCCGCCCAACCGUGUGGUCAGCCGAACCGUGGCCAACUCGGUCUACAACCACCUCUUGCCGGAGUUCGGGACCCCUUCUGCCGUGGAGAAGUGCAUGAGAGCAGGCUGCACGAUCCUCUCGGAGAGAAUCGCCGACUGCGUGAUCAAAGAGAUUUCUGGGAAUCAGAUGCAGGCGUACUUUACGGAAGAGCAAAACCGACAGCAAGAGGCUGACGAGGCCGAGCGCGCGCGUGAGGAUCGGUACGGAGGCAGCCCGGAAGCCCCAGAGGGAGAGACGCCCUUGCGAUCCCACCUUAAGGGGCUCUCGUCCAUGAUCAUAGAGGAGGUAGCGGCCAAGCUCCUGUCGAAAAUGUUCCUUUCUCUGCCUCUGGAGGACAUGGACGCCAGAGCCGUUGCCUCCAUGAAAGAGGUGGCCAAGAAGAUGAUUAGCUCUUUGCAAGGGCUCAUUUCAAAGAACAAACUCAAAGUUUGGCAGCAGGAUGACCUGGAGGACUUAGGCUCAGAAGACAGCCGAGUGGUCGGGGAGGUGGUUGAUUUAGUUUACACGGACAUCUUAAAGCAUUCCAGCUCAGAAACCUCUCUGUAUGAAGGCUUAACGAACAAGAACGAGGACUUUGUCAACAGAGUAGCUUGCGUCAUGGUGAGCGAAAUCUCCAAGCGGGACUUCCAGUCGUUCUCGGACUCCGAAGAGGAACUGCCCUGUCCCAGCGCCGUGAUAAAGCUGGAAUCCGAGAAGAUCAUCAAGAAAUUCCUCAGUGAUAUGGAGUUGGAGAAAACCAAGGAGGAGCUGUCCAUGGCCCAAAUCCCUACCGUGUCUGUGGUUUUCCUGGAGGAGAUCCUCAGCCGCUUCCUGACGACUAUCCUCCUCGCACAGUUUGACCUGGGGAUCCACGAGAAGACCCGCUUGUCCAAAACAAACAUCAAUGAAAUCGUUGACCUGCUAAAGACAUCCGUGGAGAAGGAAAUCUCCAAGAACAAAAUCAGCCUCGUGGCUUCUGACAGCAAGCCGACGCUGGAUCCGCAAUACGAUGAGACGGUCGACCAGGUUGUCCAUUCGGUCAUCACCAACGUCCUGGAGAAAUCUGGGUCCCAGGAAGAACUUUACAAUGACAUGACCACCAACCAACUGAUCUUCCCCGAGCAAGUGGCCAGCAUCAUCAUCAACGAGGUCUCCAGCUGUACCAUUGGCAACUCCCCGGGCGAAAACCCGGAAAACGAGACCUUCAGCGCCCUGGAGCUGGACCGCAUCGUCAGCAAGGUCAUUGCUCAGGUCAGCUCUCACAUGGAGGUUGAGGGAGGCGAGUCCAUCAUGAAGCUGUCCAGCCUGCCAGAGCCCCCAGACGAAUCCACUCCAGAUGCCCUGCCGCAGGCAGACGACAUGCCAGUGAAGAUCGUCCCCUACCUGGGGAAUAAGCCCUUGAAGAUUGACCCGGACAUCAUUUCGGAUCAUUUGGCCGUGAUCUCCAUCAAAACGGAGCCCCUGGAGAAGUUGAAGAAAACGUGCCUGUCGAAAAUGGGCAUGAGCCUCACCGAACUGAGGAGGGCGUCUGCUUCGGGCAAGAGCCUCUCGAACGUAAUGCCCGCUGAGGAAGUCAACAAAAAGAAGGAGCGGCGGCCGUCCCUGGACAUGGCUGGGCGCCUCGGCGUGAGGCCAAAGGAGGCGGUCUGCAGAAACUCCUUCCAAAGCCUGAUGAAGCCAGACAUCACCAGAGUGGAGCUCCUGAAGGACGUCGAGAGCAAACAGGACCUCAUUCUCCGCCUCGUGGCGCACGACAUCGAUGAACACGCCCACCCGGGCCGGUAUCCCGCAGGCGACAGCGACAGCGAUGAGGAGGAGCAAGUGCUGACGGAGCACAACUCCUUUUAUUUCAAGGUCCCGAACCUUCCGCGGCACGAAAGCUCCGCGAUCUCACACCUGCCCAGCGAACCCCUCCUGCCCAAGACCUCCAGCAGCAGCAGCCGGAAGAAGAGCCUGUCCCUGAGCAAAUGCUGCCCCACUCUAACAGCGUCCAGCUCGGAUCCUGGCCGCCACAAGGAAAAGAAAGAGGGCCGCCCGCCUCCCCAGGCAGAGAUGAUGUCCAUGUCAAUGGCCGGCAAAAUACACAUGGCUGUCCAUGAGGCCUCUACUGACAGCUCCGCCCCCACCGAAGCCUCCGACAGCCCACCCAAGACGAUAUCGCUCUGCAGUGCCGACCCUGCAGUGACCACCGAGAGCGGCGAGAAAGAAGAGAAGUCAUUGGAAAAAGCUGUCGUUGGCAUGCAUCUCACCCGGGACACGGAGGAGAUGUCUGGACAGUUCGAGAUCACCUCCGUCUAUCAAGACAAAAUAAUAAUAAAAGAGAGUCCCACAGAAGAUCACCCAGGAGACGACUACGGGAAGGUCCUCGCCACCACCACCUCAGAGUCCCACGCGCUGCCCCGGCAACGGUCGUCCGUGUUCGGGAAGGUCUCCAGUGCUCUGUCCAGAGUCUUCUCCCGAACAUCCACCACCGUCCUGCCCCAGCAGGGCCCAGCGAAAGCCCAGGGGAGCCACACCUGA